GAAGCAGGGAAUUAAGAAGGGGGGGGGGGAGCGUUUCACGCAUUCUUUUCCGAAGUGCAACGCCGCGGUCCCUCAAUUUGUCCGAGGUAAUUUGCAGCACACGCAAAAAUUACGCCGGUUUCGAUUCAACACUGCUGAGUUGCGUAUUUAAAGUCCGCGUCGAAUCGUCAGUCGGCAUCAGUUCGGCAGCAUCCCGUCUCCUGGCAACAAACCCACUGACAAAGGAAAAUUAAAAAAAAAAUUGCAUCAGAGCUGUGGAAAAUGAUGAGGAACAUGGGAAUCGCUGCUCUGUUAGCUGCUGCCUGCUUGGCAUUGGUCCAAGCUCAAUACCAUGAAAUGAGUUACCAACCUUCGGGAAUGCCGUCAAAAAAUGUCAUGAUGAUGAUGGUACCGCAAGGUAUGACAGCCCAGGAAAGGAAGUACGGUGGAGAACAGAUGACAUCCUAUUACAAACCCGAGUACAAAAAAGUCCAGAACUACAAGCAUAAACAUGAGCAUUCCCACCACCACAAGCAUAAACACGAACACAACCACAAGCACAAGAAUUCGCAUGUGCACAACCACGAUCAUCAGCACAAGGAGUACCACAACCACGGGCAUCAACAUGAUCAAAAGCACAAUCAUGAUCACGGCCAUUACCAUAAGCACGACGAGAAGCACAAGCACGAUCACGGACACAAUCACAAACACGGGCACCAGCAUGGACACAAACACCAUGAGAAACACACUCAUCAAUACCCGAAAAAGGAAUACCAACCGGCCAGCUACGAACCAUCGUCUUCAUCCUCAUCCGGCGACUUUUGAAUCCAUCAGUUAACGAUUGGAUGAAACGAAUCCUGUUGACCGAGCGUGAUCUUCAAAAAUUGGAUUUGGCAAAAAUGACGAAAACCGGGAGGAAACGUGUCACAUCCAAACAAAAUAACUCGGGAAUCCGGAAUAUUUAUUUAUGUAUACUUUUGCAGCUGAUGACGGACACUCGUUUGUCAAUAAAUGCAUUUAUGUUUCAAACCUCAA